UCUAUGGUAUAUUACAAUGUACGUUGAUAUAAAAUUAUUAGUAGAUUUAAAAGGAGGCAUUUGUGAUAUAUAAGUAAUCAAUGAUUGAUCAAUCGGGUUUAAGACAAUGGCUUUUAUUACUGUGAAAUAUGGAGAUUCACAAGAAGAUAUUUUCAAUCCAAACUGCAGAACAUUUAACUUGCUCAGAUGUAUUCAACGUCGAUGUAAAUGUAAUGAUGAGGUCGAACUAUCAGAUGAAAGUGGCAAUAUAAAGUUUUUACGAGAAUGUCCAAACAGAUAUGCCAGUGAAAUGUUGACGGACAGAGAAUCAUUAGUAUUACUACGUGUAGAAAAGAAGGAUUCACAUGGUGAAAUUUACGUUCCACUGUUAAACGACGAAUACAUUUCAGACGAAUUCCGCACACGAAUAUCUACGAAGGGAUCUGGUGGAUCAGGGUCUCGACCAAACAGCAGACGAGUCAGAUCAAACACAAGGCGGAGUAAAAAAGACGAGAAAAAACAGCGAACUGAAAGUAGAGGAACAGCGCCAUCUGCCAAAUUAGAUUCAAAAAGAUCAAGAUCGCGACAAGGGAAAUAAGCCAAAUUAGUUAUUGUUUUAUCUCAGGUUUAAAAACAGUUGCGUCCCUUCAUAUGAAGUAAAAUAUAUUAAAUGUCCAUUUACAUUGAAAUUUGAUAUCUGUAAAGUAUUCAGUAAUUAAUAAAAUACAUGAAU